AUGCCCACGAUUCUAGAACAAUACAUCGCCCAACACCCCGGCUCCGCCGAACGAUAUCGGAAGGCUGUAGGCAUCUUCCCAGGCGGCGUUACCCACGAUAACCGUUACGCCGAACCGUUCCCGCUGUACAUAACCCACGGGCUGGGCCCGCGCAAAUGGGAUGUGGACGGCCACGAGUACAUUGACUACGUGUCUGGCCACGGGGCGUUGAUUCUCGGCCAUUCCCAUCCGGCAGUGGCAGAUGCGGUUGUGGAGCAGAUGCGGCGUGGUACUCAUCUGGGCGCUUGUACCGACGAAGAACUGCGUUGGGCGCGGGCAAUUAUGAAUCUGAUGCCCUCCAUUGAGCGGGUGCGUUUCCACAGCAGCGGCACCGAAGCCACGCUGAUGGCAAUGCGACUCGCACGGGCAUACACGGGCCGCAGCAAGAUUAUCAAGUUGCAGGACCACUUCCACGGCUGGCACGACUACGCCAUGGCCGGGUCGGACCGCCCGGCGCCGGGGAUACCGCCGGAAGCCUGGGGCAGCAUGGUCAUUGUGCCGGCUGGUGACCUGGACGCCGUUCAGCAGGCGAUGGAACGCGACACUGACAUCGCGGCCAUCAUCCUCGAACCCACUGGCGCCCACUACGGACAGUUGCCCUUUGACGUUCCAAACUACCUGUUGGGCCUCCGUCAACUUUGCGACCAGCAUAGUGUGGUGCUGAUUUUCGACGAGGUGGUAACCGGUUUUCGCGCCUCCCCCGGCGGGGCCCAGGUGCGCUACGGAGUAUCGCCAGACCUGACCACCAUGGCCAAGAUCGUUGCGGGCGCGUUGCCGGGCGGGGCCGUCGGCGGCAAGUCUGACAUAGUGGAUAUGAUCGCCCAGCGUGGCGACCCCGAAUGGGAUAACACGCAGCGGGUGUAUCACCCGGGCACCUUCAACGGCAACCCGCUGUCGGCGGUGGCCGGUGCAACCUGCCUGGAAUUGAUUGCCAGCGAACCGAUCAACCAAAAUGCGGAUGCGAUGGCUGACCGGCUCAAAGCCGGCCUGAACGAUGUUUUCACGCGAACGGAGGUUAGCGGCCACGCCUACGGUAUCGCUUCCAUGAUCCACUUCACGCUGGCGGAUGGCGACUUCGAUCACGAGUUUGGCCCGGAUGUGAACCGUCGCAUCAAGGCGGCGGCAGCAACUCCGGCGGUAAGCAGCAUCAAGCGAGGUUUGCAGAAUCGUGGCAUAGACAUCAUGGGCCGCGACGCUCUGCUGGUGUCCGCAACCCACCACGAGGCAGACAUCGACCAAACCCUGUCCGCCUUCGAAGCGACGCUGGCCCAGGUUCGGGAGGAGGGGUUGAUUUGA